AUGUACUUAUAGUGUUAGCUAGCAUCUCUGACAACUAGAGCUUAGAAGAAGGUCAAGAAGCUGCCUCUGGAACACAAGACAAGACGGCAGGCCGUCCACAGAGCUGUGCUUACUAGCAGUUAAAACAUCUUCGAACAAACUGACAGUUGUUGGUUGAACUAUAAGAGUUCUAUUUCAACAAAAGCUACUGAACCAUAGCUAGCUAGCUAGUCUUAAUCUUAGAGUCUUCAUGCAAAUAUGGCUGAGAGGAAUGGAGAGAGUGACGCUCCCAAACUACCGUUGGCUGUACCCCCACGAUCACCAAUGACAAACGGAAGCACCAGAGGGAGGUCACAAACGAUCGCAAGAAACCUCGACUCGAGGCAGUUACUCAUAAAUAUGGGCUUUCCCAGGAACAGAGCGGAGAAGGCGUUAGCUGCUACUGGAGACACUGGAGUGCAAGUUGCGGCCGAUUGGUUACUGGCUCAUGUGUUUGAUCCCGAAUUAGACCAAUCAAAUCCACGAGAUUUUGUAGUGUAUGCAGUACCCGGGGGAGCGCUGGGUCGUCAGAUUGGAGACUUUAUGGAGGGUGCCCUCUAUAGCACGGGACGAAACGGAGCACACAAGUCGUCUCCACAUGUCACACUGUGUCAGUUCUUCAAGGCUGAUGACCGGGUGGUCCCUGAACUCAUACACUCACUGCGCUGUUGUAUCGAGCGUCUGUUGCCGACGGUACCCAAGACUGUGCAACUCAAGCGUUUUGUGGCCCAGAGCUACAUCGGACUAUUCCUUGAGGAUGAUGGUCCCGCCUGGUUGAGGGAGGCUAUGAAGUGUUUUGCUACUGACGCCAGAAGAUUAGGAGUGACCGUGGAGCCUCACAAGAGACAGUUACACUUGACACUGGCCCAUCAGUACCUGCCAGAACACCACUCCCCUCUGGAGGAACUUGCGAGGUCAAAGGUCGACCCGCAGGCCCCCGCCCGGUGGGAGCUGAGGCUUUACUCGCGAGAUCACCGCCUCGCAUCAUCAGAGGUGUACAAGGUUUUGUUUGGCUAUGCUCCACAAAAGGAGGACGAGUUAGAGCUGAGUGAUGGGGACUACGUGUGUGUGUCCACGUCCGACCAGGGGCAGACAGACAAUGAGGGUUGGUUCUUCGGCACAUCCAUGAAGUCAGGAAUGUCCGGGCUAUACCCGGGAAAUUACGUGGAGAAAACCAAAGACUCGGACUGUUGGACUAUGCACAGAUCUUGGGUGGUGACUGGGACUGACACUCUCCCCUCGCCAACAAAAUCUCCGUCUCAUAAGGGAUCGUUCAGUCGCAAAGACCCACUCCACCGUUCAGAGGACGAACAACCGUACGAUAAUGCGGCCGGACUUCUACCCAAGAAGGACAAUGUCGAAGCACUAUACGCCACCGUCGUAAAGCCACGCAAGGGGGACAAACUCAGUAUUGUAGACGGGGGGGUUAGAGAGGAAAUUGAGAGCCCACCCCCCAUACCCCCGCAAGAAUUUGGGCCCCGACGACUAUUCUUGUUUCGACAUGCCGAGCGCGUAGACGUGACUUUCGGUAAACAGUGGAUACAGCACUCGUUCGAAUCUGACGGCUCCUAUCAUCGACGAAAUCUCAACAUGCCAAAAGAGUUGCCGAAGCGAAAGGGAGGUCCUUUGGAUUUCACGAAAGACUCACCCAUCACAGAAGUGGGUAUUUAUCAGGCGAGAUUGACGGGGGAAGCCAUGAAAGAACAGGGAAUUCGUAUCACUCAUUUGUACUGCUCCCCUGCACUGCGGUGUGUGCAAACGGCCAACGCAAUACAGCAGGGCCUCGGGGAACAGCUCAAGAUUAAAGUUGAAAACGGUCUCUUCGAGUGGUUGUCAUGGUGUCGAGGGGGUUUCCCCAGUUUCAUGGCCAUUGCCGACUUGGCAAAGUGUGGACUGAACGUGGAUACGACUUACAUGUCUCAAGUUGCCAUUCAAGAUCUAAAACCGAAUGAAACGCACACAGAGUUUUACAAACGCAUGUUCAAUAUCACACGACUGAUUUUGCGAACGGUCGGUGCCACAUCCGGGAAUAUCAUGUUUGUAGGCCAUGCGGCUACGCUAGAGGCGUGCUCGAGACAGCUGAUUGGUUCGCAGCCACGAUCGGCCCAAGAAUUGACCAAGAUUGUUCAGAAGAUACCGUAUUGCGGCCUCACUGUGUGUCAAGAGAGUGAGUUUGGGAAGAACAGUACGUGGGACUUUAUUGACCCGCCCAUCCCUCCACUCACACACGCACCCAAUAUACGGUUUGACUGGAGAGGUCUACAGUAGAUAAUUAUCAGCAGCUAAGAACAGUACCUUAUGAUGUCACAGUAUGCAUGAUUAAAUGUAAUCAACGAUUUAAAUUCAUUUUAGUAUUAAUUUUGAUUGUCGUUUUUCAGUUAUUAAUUUAAAUCACUUUUCUCCUCCGAUCCUCUAUAUUUCACUCGAUGUUGUUUUUAGUCAGAUUCUUUACGCUUCUUAACUCACAUGUAAUUUUGAGAAUAAAUUAAUUAAGCUAGUGUUCAUUACAUAA